AUGGGGGAACACACUCCAGCACCAUCUCCAGGCCGCUCCUAUUAUGGCUUUGUCUUGUACCUGUUGGGCUGGGCUGGCAUUAUUAGCUACUUAGCAUGGGCUCUCAUCCCCCAUAGCUACUUGGCAGCACUUGGACUGACAUACAUCCCCCAGCCCUACUGGGCACUCGCCUUCCCUAGUGUCAUCAUAACACUUGUUUUGAUAUUUGUCUUCUUCAUAUACCCGUCCCUCAACUUGAUCCUGGCUCUUCCUCCCCAUGACAUUAGAAACAUUACAGAUGAUAUGGCCAUGAGAGAGGAAGAUUAUCCAAGGGUUGAAGAGUAUGGUGUGCCUCCUGUGUGUGACUUGCCUAUUUCUCAACAAACAAAUCAGUAA